AUGGAGGUCAUGCCAGACAAGAGGGCAGCAGCACAGCAGGUGAACCGCAUGGAGAUCAUGCCGGAUAAGAGGUUCCUGGCGGCUGCAGGCAACCCGCACAUCCGCCUCUUCCAAAUCGACUCUAACCAGCCACAGCCGGUGAUGAGUUACGACGGGCACACCAAAAAUGUAACUGCGGUGAGCUUUCAGUGCGUAUUACCUCAAUCCAUCCCCCAUUCCCUCUGCCACAACCCUUUCCUCCCCUCUCUCUCUCACCCCCCACCUCUCACAGUCGUCCCGUCUUCUUCCCCCCCCCCCCGCCCCGCACCAGGUGAUGGCCAUGGGCUUUCCGUGCGCAUUACCCCAACCCCUUCGCACUACUCCUCUUGCCCCCCUCGCCUUGCCCCCCUCCAGUUGAUGAGCUACAGCGGCCACACCGACGAGGCAGCAGUGAUGAGCUACGACGGGCACACCAACAACGUGACAGCAGUGGGCUUUCAGUGCGACGGCCGCUGGAUGUACUCGGGCUCCGAGGACGGCACCGUCAAGAUCUGGGACCUCCGAGCCCCGCUGUUGUACCAGAGGGACUACGAGAGCCGGGCGGCAGUGAACACGGUGGUGCUGCAUCCCAACCAGACGGACCUCAUACCCAUAAUAGUGAGGGACUACGAGAGCCGCGCGGCGGUGAACACGGUGGUGCUGCAUCCCAACCAGACGGAGCUCAUCUCGGGCGACCAGAACGGCAACAUCCGCGUGUGGGACCUCACUGCCAACGCGUGUAGCUGUGAACUGGUACCAGAGGUGGACACGGCAAUAAGGUCCGUGGCAGUGAUGUGGGAUGGCAGCAUGGUCGUCGCAGCCAACAACAAGGGCACCUGCUUUGUCUGGCGCCUCACCUCGGGCUCGCAGCCCUGUUUCCAUUCUCCUCCUUACCUGUUGCAUUCUCCUCCCUACCUUAUUCUCCGCCCCUCCUUAUGCAUUCUCCCCCUUACCUUUUGCAUUGUCCUCUUUCCUGUUACAACCACUCACCCUCCUCCGCCCACGCGCCGUGGGCAGACGGCAGCGAGCUUUGAGCCGCUGCACAAGCUGCAGGCGCACAACAGCUACGUGCUCAAGUGCCUGCUCUCGCCCGAGUUCUCCGACCCCAACAGCCCACCACCUUCUCAUCACCCCCAACCACCAAUCAACCCGUGUGUUUCCACGCCGUUCUCAGGCCAUGCAAGAUGGGUGUGGGACUGUGUGUUCUCCAUCGAUGGGGCCUACCUCGUCUCAGGACUGGUUGCUCCGUUGCUCUCUUUGGCGCCCACUUUCACCUCUGCAGCAUCAUCGGACAGCACGUCUCGUCUGUGGGCGCUGGCGAGUGGCAACUCCCCUCUCCCCUUCUGUACCCGUUGCACCUCUGCAGCAUCAUCGGACGGCACGUCUCGGCUGUGGGAGCUGGCGAGUGGCAACUGUGUGCGAGUGUACCAGGGCCACCAGAAGGCUGUUGUGUGCUGCGCUCUCAACGACGGCACUGAUCUCCCGCCCGCAUGA